GGUUGGUAAGCUUGGGUCACCCCCACAUACAUGUUAUAUGUCUGUGGCCACCUUAUAUCUUAACGUAUACAUUUAGAGACUGACUCAGGAAUACACACAAAUGACGGGCAGCAGCGUACUGUGAUGCAAGUCGUCGUAAACAUUGAUCAUAAUAACUGUAUGAAGACCCAUCAUUUGGAGCCGAAGUAAGCUGGUAAUUGUGCACAUAAACAGUAUGAUACGGAGUAGGUAUUCAACAUGCAGGUGUACCCGAGUCCGGGGGCGGCGCGCGGCGUGUGGGCGCUGCCGCAGCCGCCCCCUUGUACAAUGGCUGCUGAGGAGCCACUGCCACCGUGUUCCCCGAUGUCCCCUGAUGCCUCGGCCGCGCCGCCUCGCACGAUUGCUAGUUUGAACCCGCAUUCGGAUCAUUCCGAUUACUACCAACUUAUUUUUGAAGCUGUUCGGUCAGGUGAGGUAUCAGAAAUUGAGCGUCUGGUGGAGAAAUUGGGCGUCGAGGUGUUGAGUGCUCGCGAUCAGCAUGGAUACACUCCUGCACAUUGGGCGGCGCUCGAUGGCAGCGUGGCGGUUAUGCGGUAUUUGGUUGAACGGGGAGCUCCUAACGAUCUAUCCUGUUUGGGUACCCAGGGGCCGAGACCCAUUCACUGGGCUUGUCGCAAGGGCCAUGCAUCAGUUGUUCAAGUUCUUCUGCAAUCUGGAGUCGCUGUUAACGCGGCUGAUUUCAAAGGGUUGACGCCACUAAUGACUGCGUGCAUGUACGGGAAAACCGCAACUGCGGCAUAUCUUUUAGGCAUGGGAGCUGCUACCAGGCUCUCAGAUAUAAACGGAGAUACCGCUCUUCAUUGGGCAGCAUACAAGGGCCAUGCAGAUCUAGUUCGAUUGCUGAUUUAUUCGGGAGUGCCUUUGCAUUGCACUGAUAAUUUUGGAUCGACGCCCCUUCACCUCGCCUGUUUAUCAGGCAAUCUCACUUGUGUCAGAUUGCUAUGUGAAAAGGUAAAGGCCGAGUUAGAGCCUCGUGAUAAAAACGGUAAAACACCGCUAAUGCUGGCACAAAGUCAUCGACAUGCGGAGGUGGUCAAACUGUUACAAAAAGAAAUGAAGCGGAAAUCACAUUGGAUGCCGCCUUUAUCCGAACUAUGGGCUCUCCUUUUCGGAGGAGCAGGGGAGUCCAAAGGUCCUUUGCUUUUCUUCCUCUUUUCAGUGCUUUUAUGGGGAUAUCCCAUGUAUGUGAUAAGGUGCAUACCGCUGACAUGGAAUACACUUCGUUUAUCGCAUUACUGUUUCCUGUACUGGAAUGCCAUAAUGUGGAUAAGUUGGUUGAUCGCUAAUCGGCGAGAUCCUGGAUAUAUUCCUCAGAACUCUGAGACGUACUACCGGGCCAUAAGGCAAAUUCCAUACUAUGAUAAAUGGAAGAAAAGGAACGUAAUACUUUCUAGAUUAUGUCAUACUUGUCGCUGCUUGAGACCUUUGAGGGCUAAGCACUGUCGUAUCUGCAGACGCUGCGUCGCAUACUUCGAUCACCACUGUCCAUUCAUCUACAACUGCGUGGGAGUCCGGAACCGGAUGUGGUUUUUCCUAUUUGUCAUGAGCGUGGCCAUUAAUUGCACAAUAUCGAUUUAUUUCGCCUGUUACUGUCUACUGCUAGAAGGAUUUGGUCUACUGUACGCACUGGGAUUAUUGGAAGCAAUCACAUUUUGCGCUCUAGGAUGGAUCUUAACUUGUACUUCUAUUCUACACGCUUGCAUGAAUUUGACUACAAAUGAGAUGUUUAACUACAAGAGAUACCCUUAUUUAAGAGAUAAAAAGGGUCGAUACCAAAACCCGUUUUCGAGAGGGCCUAUAAUGAACUUGAUUGAGUUUUUCGUGUGUCUCCCAGACAAAUGUGAUGAGCAAGAUUUUUUGCACGAAGAGACUAUUUGAUGUGAAAUGCGCUCGCAGAGUGACACGAGCCUGUCCGCAUGAUGGACUUUGAUUGUUUCAAAGUUAAAUACCGUCAAUGACAGCAUCAAAAUUAUAUUGUUGCUAAGGCUCAAUUUAUAUUGCGGCGGAACGGAAUGGAAGCGAAUUUUUGUAACGAUAUUGUACAAAGCAUAAUGGAACUUUAUGAUCAAUUCUAUAAUGACUAGAUACGAGCCAAAGUCUUCCGCGGAAUUUGCGAGCAUCUCGAGCAGGCAUAU